GAUAGCUACAAGGAAGAACACUCUCCGUUACUAUCUGAUGAAGAAUAACUUCAUGUCGUAGAAUAUCGGCCUUUCGUCGGCCAUUUUUGUUUUUCACGUGUGCAGGAACAGGAUUCUUGUUCCUUUGUAACCGACAAUGAAGAUCGGUCUUUGCGCGUAUAGCGGAUAUAAAAUAUAUCCAGGCCAUGGAAAGACUAUGGUCAAAGUUGACGGAAAGACUUUCACUUUCCUCAAUUCAAAAUGCGAGUCGGCCCAUUUGAUGAAGCGCAAUCCAAGAAAAGUGACAUGGACUGUCCUUUACAGACGAAAGCACAAGAAAGGUCAGGAAGAAGAACAGGCAAAGAAGAGGACGCGGCGCGCUCAGAAAUUCCAGAGGGCUAUCGUCGGUGCUUCCCUCUCUGACAUAUUAGCUAAGCGGAAUAUGAAGCCUGAAAUCAGAAAAGCUCAAAGAGACCAAGCUAUUAAGGCUGCAAAGGAACAGAAGAAAGCAGCUAAAGCUACGAAGAAAGCAGCAGCUCCACCUAAGGCGAAGGCAGCACCAAAACAAAAAGCUACAAAAGUGACGCAAAAAUCUGCACCACGAGUUGGAGGAAAGCGAUAAGUUUGCUGUAACUUUACAAAUAAAUUUCUAAUUAUUUAGAAGGUGAAUAUCA